AUGGAUGAUAAUAAUGAUGAUGCUCCAUUAGAAACGUCAUUUAAGGAAUUUAAGAAAAAGAAAAUAUAUCUAACAGAAAACCUUAAAAGUGUUUAUCAAGACGGUAUUCAAUCGUUGAAACGUAAACAAAAUCGCAAGAGUGACCCUAGAUUUGACCCUAGAGUUGAUGGUAUUUGUUACGUUGAUGAUUGGGAAUUUUUAGAAGAUGAAAGAGCGAAAACCUUAAAAAAACUGAAAAAGAUGCUGCGUCAGAAUUUAGACUCGAACAAACGUAAGGAAGUGACGGAUGCGUUACAUUUGGUAAGACAGCGAAUAGCCACAGCAAAAGAUAGAAAAUUCCGUAAGCAAUUCAUGGAUAAACUGCAGAAGGAACAAAUUGAAAACUUGGAAUCAGGGAGAUCUGUUCGUUUUAUUCCUCGAGGUCUCAUGAAACAAAUUUUCAUUACUUCCGGUCGCAAGCACAAAAUGAUUAUCGACUUAAAUCAAUUGAAUAUAUGGAGUAGAGACACUUGUAUUUGAUAUGGGGAAUGGUAUCGUGCUCACAGCGGAAGGUUACCACCAUUGGUUGAAUUCCGUUCGGGAAUCACAAACUAGAAAAUACCGGUCAUUAAAUGCUUCCUAAUAUGUAUAUGUUCUUCGUAAUACAAACUAUCUUUGAGAAAUAGUUAUGGUUCGUUUCGUUGUCCUAAAACCGC